CCUCGUUCCCUCUCGAGUCUUAUCCUAACGAAACCGGAGCGUACCGAAUCGAGAGAGGGAUAGGAAGCGAGAAGAGGAGAUACAUCGAGCUCCAUCGCCAUGGCUUCUUGCUACGUUCCUUCCGUCGGCUUCUCCAACCCUGCAACGCCGAUGGCUUCCUUAGCUUCCCAUCCGUACCCUCCCUCGAAAACCCUAGCCAUCCCGAAAGGCUUUGUCGGCCUGAGGGCCGGCAGGACCUUCGGUGCUCGCUCUCCCCGAUUGGCAUCUGCUCCGAGAUCAUCCUCGAGAGGCUUCACCGUCAAAGCCUCAAGCGAGAACGAUCUGCCUUUAGUCGGAAAUAAAGCUCCAGACUUUGAAGCGGAAGCUGUUUUUGAUCAGGAGUUCAUCAAUGUCAAACUCUCUGAGUAUAUUGGGAAGAAAUAUGUCAUUCUGUUUUUCUAUCCACUGGACUUCACAUUUGUCUGUCCUACUGAGAUAACUGCUUUCAGUGACCGGUAUUCAGACUUUGAGAAGUUAAAUACAGAGAUCUUAGGUGUUUCAGUUGACAGUGUGUUCUCCCAUCUUGCAUGGGUUCAGACAGAUAGGAAGUCAGGAGGUCUUGGGGAUCUGAAUUAUCCAUUGAUUUCUGAUGUCACUAAAUCAAUCUCAAAAUCUUACAGGGUUUUGAUUCCUGACCAGGGAAUUGCAUUGCGAGGACUAUUCAUCAUUGACAAGGAAGGAGUGAUUCAGCAUUCAACCAUUAAUAACCUUGCGAUUGGCCGGAGUGUUGAUGAAACCUUGAGGACUCUUCAGGCACUGCAAUAUGUCCAAGAAAACCCAGAUGAGGUUUGCCCUGCAGGAUGGAAGCCCGGAGAGAAGUCCAUGAAGCCAGAUCCCAAGCUUAGCAAGGAGUACUUUGCAGCUAUUUAGGUAAGAGCAGUAUAAUUGUGUUCAUGGCCAAGUCUUCUUCUACUGUUGUUUGGAAGAGUCUGGGUGGAGUUUUGUUGCCCUUGAUGGCUUUUGCCCAACCAUGUCCUGAUGUUAUUGUGGUUUAUUCCAUAAAAUUGUCCCAAUAUCCUAUCA